GAACAUGAAUCUCCUCCUUUGAUGGUGUACUGUUCAUCUCUCUUGCGAGUAAUCAUGAAAACGUCUGACCCGCUGCACUCGUCUACGGCUGCCAGGCGACGAAGAAAAUGAGUGAUGAAGAUGUUCUGUCCUUGCCCGGCCAACCUCUCUCCCCAUAUACUCUUCCUCUUCCCACCAUCUUUGCGUCGUCUCCCUCAGAAAACCUCCAUUGCCAUGUCAUGUGACGACUGACGACCUCUUCACUCUCUUCCCACCUCCUCCAGACCGUCCUUCAUCUCUGCGAAGGAGUCGGCGUACGAGCUCCUGUUCCACGUGGCGAUGGGGUUCGCCCCGUGCGGCGACUACUGGCCCAAACCUGUGGAGGGUCUCAGCCACCCAUCUGUUCAGCCCCGGGAGGAUCGCCGCCUUCGAGAGGUCCCGAGCGCAGACAGGGCUUCAAAGGAUGGGCGAAAUCAAGUCUCUAAUGGAGGAGCGUGGCGAGGUCGGGUCGAGGAAGGUGUUGCCCUUAUGUCCGCUCAACAACGUGAUGAUGGGCAUGUUGGGGGAGGUCCUACGACUUCGGCACUCGCCAUGGCCGCCACGGAAGUGACGGGCUCGGGCUCGAGGGUCUGGUUAUUGAAGGGAAAUGAUCUUCAGAGGCGCCGACAAAGCGUCCGAGAUCGACACUGCCCUCGGCCCCACCCGGCGGGCCGCCGACCCUGACCUCCCGAAACUCCUGUACCUCCGGUCCAUUGUCAAGGGAACCCUAACGAUGCACCUGCCGAGCCACAGUGAACAUGUGGGGCAUGACCCGUGGCGAGGCGGUCCGGCCUGACCCAGACGAGUUCAAGCCGGAGAGGUUCUUGGAGGAGGACAGUGUCGGGUUAGUGAUCACAAGGUUCCGAGUUUCCACGCGGGGGUUACGAUAGUUAAACGGUCGAGAUUUGUCCGGCCAAGUCAAGAAUCGAUCACGGACGCCGUCUGUCAAGAGAUC